CCGUAGGUAGUGUACAGCUAGCUGGCUGGCUGGCUGGCUGGAAACAAAGAGACUUGGAAAUGGGUUCAUGAAUGGGCCGCCGUUUCUGGACUCUUCAUUAGAUCCCAUCUUGUCCUGGUUUUUUUUGGGUUUCCGAGAGAGAGAGAGAAAAAAAGUUGUGUUUCGUUUCCUUUGUUGGUUUUCUCCUUGUCAUAUACUCGAUCCUCUUUGAAUCACUGUCGCGGACUCGAACAUUCAUACUAUUCUAUAAUUACUCACUGCUUGCUUGCUCGCUCUCGAAUAUACCCAUUCCUUCGCACUUCCCUCGAGUUCUAUAAUCUGCACAAAUUUCGAUUAUCGUUUUAUCUGCCACUACAGCUGCAGAAUCAUACGUUUAAGGGUACACAAGAUACACGGUAUUUGGAACCGGGAACACAAUGAGGGGAUCCUCAAGGGCGAUUCUGCUGGCAGUCUGCCUCGCGACCUCUGCUACGGCGCGAUAUACACCCAACACUAUCUUCGAGCGAGAGACGGUAUGUCCAGAUGCGGCGUACGUAGGGUGCAACAAUACAGGUCUCCCAGGAGACUUUUGCUGUCCGACGGGCAGUAACUGCAUCCCUCUCGCCGCAAACACAACACUCCUUUGUUGCCCCACCGGCCAGACGUGCCAAACCAUCAAACCCAUCACCUGCAACAUAAGCUAUCAGAACAUCACCAAGAAUCCAGACAAUACCCUCAAAACGACGGCGUUGGGCGCUACUCUACCGUCUUGCGCCGGACAAUGCUGUCCCUUCGGCUUCUCCUGCAACACGAACAAUAACUGCGUAAUGGACGCCGACCAAAGCAUCGCUCCCACCACCUCCUCAUCAAGCACAACCUCCACACCCACAAGCACCUCAACCUCUUCCCCCUCCGCAAACCCAACCACGACCUCCUCACCCACCUCCAGCACCCCCCUCCCCUUGACACAAACCUGCACCAAAUUCCCCAUCCCCGCCAUCCUCGCCGGCUUCUUCCCCGGCCUCGUUCUCGGCAUCCUCCUCGCCAUCCUCGGCCUCUGCUGCUGGGGCAACUCGCACAAACGCUCCUCUUCCUCUCAUCACAACACCCACGAGCGUCGCCGCUCCGGCUCCUCCUUUGGCAAUAUCUCGGAACCGCAACCGCUCGAUCGAGAACACGAUAUGCGGACCGAUUUUCUGCGCAAACCGCCCAUGACACCCUCUUCUCAGGGUUCCACCCCGGGCCGGAGGAAUACGAUGAAAGGGCGCAUGAACUCGUUGUUCCGGAAGAGUCGCUGGGAUGAUGGACAGGGAGAUAUGGCGACGCCGCCAAUUCCGUUGAAUAUCAAUAAGAAUAACAACAAUGGGAACGGGAAUAAUAAUGGGGGAAGACCCGUCACACCGGAGAACAGGCAGCAGAGGGAGGUGAGUGAGUUCUAUGGCAAUGUGCCGAUGAUGAUUGAUGAGCGGGAGCAUCCGACGCCGUCACCGCCGGGGCUGGGGCUGGGGAGUAGGAGGGAUGUGGCGGAUGUGGCGGAUAGUAGGAUCAGUUAUAAUACGACGUGGACGGAUAUCAUGCCAGUGCCGGAACCCUCGCAGAGUUCAGGUAAUGGGGGGACGGGAGGGAGUGGGGCGCCGUUGGCGGGGUUGCCGAAGGGGCAGCCGUUCAGACAGUAUGGAUCGCCGCCGAGAUGACAUUUCUUCAUUUAGGGGUUG